UUCCCUUGUAAGAAAUGUGAAUUUGUUGGAAAAACACUAGUAGAGCUACGAAAACACAAUGUGACACACCGCGGAAAAAAAACUUGUGAAUUUUGUGGAAAAGUGUUUGAAUUUUACUGUCAUUUGAAAUCUCAUCUGGAAACAGUUCAUAAAAAAUCUAACAAUCAUACUUGUGAAUAUUGUGGAAAGAUUUUCUUUCAUCCUCGAUAUCUAAAACAACAUUUAAAACGUCAUACUGGAGUAAAAUCACAUAUCUGUCAUAUCUGUAACGCAGCUUUCUAUGAGUCAAACACUCUCAAAGCUCAUAUAGAAACUCAUAGUGAACCUAAAGACAGAAAAUAUCGCUUUGUUUGUUCAUUUUGUGGAGGAAAAUACAAUAAUAAAACAAACUUUGAAGAACAUUUAAACAAACAUACAGGUAAUAAGCCUCACAAAUGCACUUUUUGUGAUAAAGCAUUUGGUUUUAGAAGCUUGCUAUCACAACAUGUAAAAUUUGCACACACAAAUGAGAAACCAUUUCAAUGUUCAUUAUGUGAGAAAACUUUCAAACUACGAGUUCGUUUAAAUCAGCAUAUGACUGUUCAU